CGAAAACAGAGCGCCCCGUCAAUUCCAUCACACUCACUCUCUCUCUCCAUCACUAGAUCCACGAUGUCGGCAGCCACGCCACCGGCCGUGAGGUCUUGCCGGCCCUUCCUCACCGCGCCGGGGAGGCGACGGUGCCCGGCAGUGAGAUGCUCGCUCGCCGGAGACGUGGUGACUGCCAGCCGGAUCUUGAAGGAGCUCAAGUCCGGAUGUGACACGCCGUUGCCUGUGCUCCGCCGCGUCGCCGAUGCCAUGGCCGAUGACAUGAGGGCUGGUCUUGCUUCCGAUCACUCUGGGAGUGACCUCAAGAUGAUCCUUAGCUACGUUGAUGCCCUCCCAACUGGAAGCGAAAAGGGACUCUUUUAUGCAUUGGAUCUGGGUGGGACAAACUUCAGAGUGUUGAGAGUGCAGUUAGGAGGAAAGGACAACCGUGUAAUUGACACAGAAUUUGAACAGGUUUCAAUUCCACAAGAACUUAUGUUUGGUACCAGUGAGGAGUUAUUUGAUUUCAUUGCUUCUGGCCUUGCGAGUUUUGUGGAGAAGGAGAGCGAAAGAUUUUAUUUACCUCCCGGAAGAAAGAGAGAAAUUGGCUUUACAUUCUCAUUUCCUGUAAAUCAGACUUCUAUUGAUUCAGGCAUCUUAAUAAAGUGGACAAAGGGUUUUGCAGUCUCUGGAACGGCAGGAAAAGAUGUUGUAGCUUGCUUAAAUGAAGCAAUGGAAAGAAAGGGUCUAGAUAUGCGAGUAUCUGCCUUGGUCAAUGACGCUGUGGGAACCUUGGCUGGAGCACGCUACUGGGAUGAUGAUGUGAUGGUGGCUGUGAUAUUGGGCACUGGUACUAAUGCCUGCUACAUAGAGCAGAUUGAUGCUAUCCCUAAAUUGUUGAGUCCAGCAUCUGGCUGUGGGAGAACGAUUAUCAAUACUGAGUGGGGGGCAUUCUCGUCUGGUUUUCCUUUGACUGAGUUUGAUAAUGAUAUGGACAAUGAAAGCAUAAACCCUGGAGAGCAGAUAUUUGAGAAGACAAUUGCUGGCAUGUACUUGGGUGAGAUAGUCAGAAGAGUGUUACUUAAGAUGUCUAAGUUCGCUGAUCUUUUUGGGAAGUAUCUUCCUGAAAAGCUCUCUACUCCUUUUGUGCUGAGGACCCCUGAUCUUUGUGCUAUGCAUCAGGAUGAGUCAGAAGACCUUUCUGAAAUUGGGAAGAUAUUAAAUGCCACAAUUGGUACAACAAGCUCAACCUUGGAAGCGAGGAAGAUCACUAUGGAUGUCACAGAUACAAUAGUAAAACGUGGUGGAAGGUUGGCAGGAGCUGGCAUAGUAGGCAUUCUACAAAAGCUUGACCAGGACUCCAGAGGCCUUGUCUUCGGAAAAAGGUUAGUAGUCGCGAUGGACGGUGGACUAUACGAAAAUUAUCCCCAGUACAGGAACCAUAUGAAAAGUGCUGUCAAUGAAUUACUUGGACCAGAGUUGUCGAAAAAUGUGAUAAUCGAGCAUACAAAGGAUGGUUCAGGCAUCGGAGCAGCUCUGUUGGCUGCUGUAAAUUCAAAGUACAUAGAUUGAGUUCUAUGACUAGGAGUCAAGCAUCAAUAAUCUCUCAUCAGUGUACACCUUUUGGAGCUAUUAGUGUUUUCCCGGAAUGGUUCUUUUGGUGUUGCAAUUUUUUGAGGCAUUGUUUUGCCAGGCUUGUAAUGUAAGUGAUUUCUUCUGUUAAUGACUUUAAAGUCAGGGAGAGGGUCAAUAUGACUGAUGUAUUUGCAUUCAAAUUUAUGUUGUAACAUAGUGAAGGGUGAAAAUUUUGGAUUUUUUAAGUUAAA